CGCCGUCGGGCCCGCCCGUCAGAGCCUCCCAGGACCUAGUUUUUUGCUGUUAGUCGUGGCAGCUGGAGCUCUGUUGGUGCUGAAAGCCGGUAACGAGAAGUCCAAAAGGCGGGUCCUCGCAGAGGCUGCUUCCUCAAAAGGAUGGCGCGUUUCUCCGGCGACGACGAGGCGGUGCUGCAGGCGAUGCUGAGGCAGUUGUUCCAGAGCGUGAAGGAGAAAAUCAGGGGUGCGCCCUCCCUGGAGUGCGCCGAGGAGAUCCUCUUACAUCUGGAGGAAACUGAUGAAAAUUUUCACAACUACGAAUUUGUGAAAUACCUUAGACAGCAUAUAUGCGACACUUUGGGGUCUAUGAUUGAAGAAGAAAUGGAAAAGUGGACAUCUGAUCAGAGUCAGGGUGAGGAAUCUGGCUAUGACACAGUUGUACAGCAAGUCACUAAGAGAACUCAGGAGUCUAAAGAAUACAAAGAAAUGAUGCAUUCCCUGAAGAACAUCAUGAUGGUAGUGGUGGAGUCCAUGAUUAACAAGUUUGAAGAAGAUGAGAUACGAAGUCAAGAAAGGCAGAAAAAAAUGCAAAAGGAGAAAAACAAUAGUUACUGCACAGACAAUUGCUCUGAUAGCGAUGCGUCAUUCAAUCAGAGUUACAAAUUUUGUCAAGGAAAAUUACAAUUGAUUUUAGACCAGUUGGAUCCUGGGCAACCUAAAGAGGUGAGAUAUGAAGCCUUGCAAAUGUUAUGUUCAGCUCCGCCAUCUGAUGUACUGAACUGCGAAAAUUGGACCACUCUCUGUGAGAAACUGACAAUGUGUCUUUCAGAUCCUGAUCCUGUGUUUAAUGACCGGAUUUUAAAAUUCUAUGCACAGACAUUUACACUUUCACCAUUACAUAUGACGAAGGAAAUUUAUACGAGCUUGGCCAAAUAUUUGGAAUUAUACUUUCUUUCCAGAGAAAAUCAUAGUCCUACUCUUUCAACUGGUGUUGAUAUAACUAAUCCUAAUGUUAUCCGCUUGCUUAAAAAGGUUCGUCUUCUAAAUGAAUAUCAGAAGGAGGCUCCAUCUUUCUGGAUUCGUCACCCAGAGAAGUAUAUGGAAGAAAUUGUGGAAAGUACUUUGUCCUUAUUAUCAGUUAAACAUGAUCAAAGCCAUCUUGUCUUACAAAAGAUUUUGGAUCCAAUCUACUUUCUUGCAUUGGUUGAUACCAAGGCUGUGUGGUUCAAAAAGUGGAUGCAUGCAUAUUAUAGCAGAACUGUGGUACUAAGACUUCUUGAAAAGAAAUAUAAGUCUCUGGUAACUGCGGCAGUCCAGCAAUGUGUUCAGUAUUUUGAGUUGUGUGAGACCAUGAAAGUUGAUGAGUUUUUGGGACAUUCAAAGCAUUGUGGAAACAAACAGAAAACUUUCUACUACUCAGGACAAGAAUUACAAUAUAUUUAUUUCAUUCACUCGCUGUGCCUUUUAGGAAGAUUAUUGAUCUACACACAAGGCAGAAAGCUAUUUCCUAUAAAGCUGAAGAAUAGAAAAGAUUCAAUAUCCGUUACAGAUCUUCUGGUUCUGUUUACCCAACUUAUCUAUUACUCACCGACUUCUCCAAAGAUGACAGCAGCACAUUUAGAGAAUUACUCUCCUGCAUCUGUGGUUACUGAAAUUCUGCGGAUACUCUGUGAUCAAAAAGAAUGUGCUAUUGAAUGCUUAUAUAGCAGCAGUGUGAUUGAGGCACUUCUUCAACCUAUUUAUGCUUUAAUGAAACGAACUAAGGCUGUUCCAAAUUGCUCUGAAACAGCAUUAAUUCACAUAGCUGAUAUUUUGGCAAGAAUUGCGUCUGUAGAAGAAGGACUUAUCUUACUUCUUUAUGGAGAAAAUAUGAACUCUUCUGAAGAAAAAAGUCCUACAGGUGCUCAUAUAAUUGCCCAGUUUUCGAAAAAACUUCUAGAUGAAGAUAUUUGUAUUUUUUCUGGAUCGGAAAUGUUGCCUGUGGUUAAAGGAGCUUUCAUUUCCGUGUGUCGUCACAUAUAUAGUACGUGUGAAGGCUUGCAGGUGUCACUUCCUUAUAAUUUGCAUGAAUCUAUAGCAAAGGCAUGGAAGAAGACAAGUUUGCUAUCAGAAAGAAUUCCUACUCCAGUGGUGGGUUCAGAUUCUAUUUCUUCGAUAAACCUGGAAUCCCCAAACAUUAUGGCUUGGGAAGAGAAUUUGUUAGAUGACUUACUAAAUUUUGCUGCCACCCCCAAGGGACUACUACUUCUUCAAAAGACGGGAGCCAUCAAUGAAUGUGUGACAUUUAUGUUCAACCAAUAUGCAAAAAAAUUACAGAUCAGCAGACACCAAAAGUUUGGCUAUGGAGUUUUGGUUACACAAGUGGCAUCAACAGCAGCUGGUGCAGUAGCACUACAAAAUUCAGGGUUUAUUAAUGCACUUAUAACUGAAUUAUGGGCCAAUCUGGAAUGUGGAAGAGAUGAUGUUAGAGUAACUCAUCCCAGAUCUACACCAGUGGAUCCUAUUGACCGAAGCUGUCAAAAGUCUUUUCUAGCACUGGUGAACUUGUUAUCUUAUCCUGCUGUUUAUGAGCUGGUAGGCAAUCAAGAUCUUCCUAAUAAAGCAGAAUAUUCUCUUCGUGAAGUCCCAACGUGUGUUAUUGAUAUUAUUGAUAGACUUAUAAUUCUGAAUUCUGAAGCUAAGAUUCGUUCUUUAUUCGACUAUGAACAAUCACACAUGUUUGGACUGAGGUUAUUAAGCGUGGUAUGCUGUGAUCUGGACACUCUGCUCCUAUUAGAGGCUCAGUAUCAAGUAUCGGAAAUGCUACUAAAUGCUCAAGAAGAAAAUAUCUUAGAGACCUCUGAGAGCCAGAGAGAUUUUAUAAUUGACGGUUUAUCGGUAGAAAGAAAUCAUGUUCUUGUUAGAAUAAAUCUUACUGGUGGGCCAAUGGAACGGAUUUUGCCACCAAGGAUUCUGGAGAAGGGUGAUGAUCCAUAUCCUUGGCCAAUGUUUUCAUCAUAUCCUUUGCCAAACUGCUAUCUGUCGGAAGUUACAAGAAAUGCUGAUGUAAGACAAGAAUGGCAGAAAAUGGGAGAGGAACUCAGGAGCACGUCUGGCUUUCCAUUGUACCUAAGAGAGUACAGUGAUGAUGUUUCUCUGAACUCAGUGAGAAAAAUGGAGCCAAAUGCAUUUCUAACAGACAGUGAUCUUGGCAAACUUUUAUUACAUUUGAAAAUGUCUGAUAAGCAAACUGAGUGGAUAGAAAACUGCCGAAGACAAUUUUGCAAGCUGAUGAAGGCCAAACCCGAUCUAAUCAGCGGAGGUGCUUUAGUAGAGUUACUUGAAAAAUUUGUGCUUCAUCUCUCUGAAAGUCCAUCUGAAUGCUACUUCCCCUCGGUGGAAUAUACAGGCGUUAGAGGAAACCAGUUAAGAUUUCUGAGCAGAAGCUUCACUCCAUUUAUCUGUCUUAGGAAGAUUAUUUUAGUACCUGUGUAAAGGAUCAAGUAAGAACUGCUCAAGGAGAACUGAAAUUUGUCAGAAGUGAGUCUCCUGUACUCUGGGGUCGGUGAAUGAAGAGAUGGUGAAGACAGCAGGGAGGUGGCACAGGCUCAUGAUAACAGAUUAUCGUGAUAAUAGAGCCCCUCUUCCUCAUAAGGAUGAUGUAACUUCUCUGUUUGUGGAAGAAACCAUCAUCCAAAUAUGUUAUCAAGUUAGACACCACAUGUCGUACCUCCAUAAAAGGAAAAAUUUUAAAAAAGUGCUUCUGGUCUGCCAGCCUAUCUUUCUAGCCCCAUUACCCACCAGUGCGUAAACACAUCCUGUGUGUUCACCUCACUAGCUCCUCGCUCCUGCUUUUCCUUCUGGAUAAAAUUUUCCCUCCCUGUGACACCCAUAGGAUAAUGUCCAACUCAACUGUAAAGUUGCAGCUGGAAUGUCACCUACCCUCUUACUCCUGAGCAGAAUUUCCUCCUCUGUGCUCCUAUUCAUUCACUUUAAACUAACAUUUUGAUAUUUAUUAUAUUGUAUAUGGCUAGUUUAAAUUAUUCCAUUAGAUCUCAAACUCCUUUGUAUCUUUAAUAUAGCAUUUGAUAUAUUUUUAUUGAAUUAAAUAUACUGUUAUGGAAGCAUCUAUAUUCAUGUAAAUACAUUUGUACAAUUCUAAAUAUACUGGCAUUUACAAAUAUACAUAUGAACAUAUACCUAAUUACACGUAGUGCCAUCUAAUGCAGAUUUGGAAAAGGGAUGAAAGGGAACAUAAGAAAAUGAAACAAAUGAGAGGAAAAUACAAGGUAGCAUUUAACAGGAAUUUGGGUAAAGGGCGUUGAUACCUAUUGAGCAUUUGUGAGUUAGUGUCUGAGGCACUCAAUGUGCAUUAUGUCAUUCAACCUUACAGCUGCUCUCUGAAGUGGGUAUAAUUAUCACAUUUAAAAUUAGGAAACUGAAAUACGGAGGAAAGAAAACAGAAAUUGUGAAGAGAAUUUUGAAGAAAAGCGUUUGUGAAGGAAAUUACAACUUUAUGAAUGAACCUAAAAAUAUAUGUGAAAAACAUGCACGGAUUAAUUAUCAAAUCUGUGAGUAAGAGAGAAAAUAAGUAAGAAGUGGUCAUCGUGGAGAUUAGCAUGGCCAGAGUGGCUUUCUCUCCAGUCUUCAGUAUAAUCUCCAGUAUCUAAGCUUUCCUUGGCAUGUUGUUCUAUUGGUUCAAAUUUUCUGUAGAUAAUCUAAAAUAAACACUAUAUUCUAUAUUAUCUAAAUGUUCAGCAAGACUGCUCAGUGUGCACACAUUUUACCGUCCUCUGUUAUAUUUCUAAAUUACGCUGAGGGAGAUCUCAUGUUAGCUUUGUUGAAUAUAUCAUCCAGGCAGAUAAACUCUGAAUGUGAAUUUGAAUUCUUUAAAGACUCCAGCUGAACAACUAUCCACUGGAGUUUUGGGGUACAGCCAAAAAUAAAGUGGCUUCCUGUUGAUUGACUGCUUACUAUUUAUUAUUAUGAUAUGGUAAGCUUGUUGCUAGUAUUGUUUUCUUUCCAUAGCUUUAGAUAUCCCCAUCCUUUAUCAUUUAUUUUUUGGCUGGUGGAACAAUGGUUUGCUAUUAUAAAAUUUUACUCUAUUUACUUUAAAUAAAGAAACACCAUGUUUUGAUAUAAAAGAUGUUUCAAAGCAAACGGUGAAUAGAUAUAUUCAAUGUUUUUCUGUGUUUCCUGGAAUGAGAAAUUGAUUGUCUUUUUAAAAAUGACAGCUCGCUAAACCCUAAGGUAGCUGAAAUUAGAAGAACACAAUCAUCCAUCUGUUGUUAGCUCCCUCAGGAUUUCAGUCCAUUAUAAAAUUUGCAAAUCUGGAAAAAUCAAAUUAGUUUGGCUGUUUAUCCCCUUAAAGAAAGGAGGAAUGAACAAAGUUCUGCACAUUUGCAGUUUGUAAAUCCAUACAGAUAUCUUUCCAAAUCUUAACAGACAUUAAUUCUUUGUCCGCUCAAUUCCCUGGAACGUGUUGGGGAUUUUUUCCUACUGGAAUUGCUUCUUUGAAAUGAUAAAUUAAGUAGUACUUUCAAGUUAUCAGAUAUUUUAAUUUUAUUCCUUUUCUCUUUAUGUUGUUCACUAAACAGUUAGAAAAAAUAUCAUAAAAUCUUGUAUUGUUUCACCUUUUGACUAUUAAAAUAUUUUUACACCUGUUAUAUACAGUUAAACAUCUUUUAUACUUUCUUUGACUAUUCAGCAAAUAUACUCUUUUCCAUCUUAUAUUUAUGGAGCAUGUUUGUGAGUAUGCUUGAUAAUUGCAAGGAGGUAUAUAAUAUGAAUGACCCUGUCCUCCAGGAGGGGAAAUAAGGCAUACGCCUAAAAUGAUGACUGAGGUAAAUUGCAGCAUAUAGUAAGAUAGAAAAUAAGGACAUGAAGGAAAACUGACAUUUUUCAGCUGGCUACUUCGUUUCAGGCAAUGUGCUUGGGGCUUUAUGCUAUUUGAAUUGGGUUAUUGUCAAAGGAGGGGUUUUGUUGUAAGUGCCACAGGUAUUCAGUGGAAAGAGUGAUCCAUGUUGACAGGUGCCAUGUUGGAAGAUAAGAGGAGGAAACCAUGGUAGACCAGAAGGAGUGGCAGUAGCACUGCCUCCUGGGCUGUUACAACUGAAAGAAAGAGGAGAGGGCGUAAUCACAUAAUCAAAGGCAUGAAGAGAGAAAUGCUUUUUCCAAAAUAAGGCUGACUGUACCAAUUAGGAGACUGAGACUCUCAUAGUAGCUGGGUCACAAGGAAUUGAAUUUUAUGUCAGGAAGAAUUAAAUAAAAUGGGUAGAUACAAUCACAUGUCAAAAAGAAGGAACAGAACCUGCAGACUGGCUUUGGGGAAGGAAGGAAGGAGGUGGGAGGAAGUAUACUGACCAGUUGAUCUCUUUGGGUGGUAACAAUUCUCUGACUUGGAAGCAGAUCCAGCGGGGCUUCAGGAGAGUCAGUGAACAGCCAAUCAGUAACUGCUUCUCCCACCACGGAUUUGUGCUCCAGUGGAGAAAUUCUUUACUCUUCUGAAAAUUUAUUUUUUUCUACAUCAUUAGCCAAGUGUCAUGCAGAAUAGAUUUAAUUUUUCUACCGCUGCUUUGUGCUAGCUUUGCAAACCAAAGAGAGAACAGAAUGCAUUACCAGAGUGAGUGGUUUCAGUAAUAAGUAAGUUUUUUCAACUCAUUUCGUUCUAAGACUAUUAUAUUUAUAAUUAAAAUGAUUGGUUAUUUCAAAUAGUUAAUUUCAUAUUAAUGCUGGGAUUGCAUUAGGCGUUGUUAAGUAAGUAGGUUAAGUAUGAUGCUACAGGUGUCCUUUGGUUGACAACUGUCCUUUGGAUGUCAACCAAAAUAAGUUUCAACAACUUAUUUCGUUAUGUUUUUCCUAGUAACUCCAGGGAGUGGGAGUUAUAUCAUCUAUUUGUCAUUUGAUUUCAGUAUACAGAAAAUAUUUUUAAGUCCAUAUCUAUUUCUAUCUCCACUUUGCUUUGUUUGAUAUGUAAAGCACAGUUUUUGGUUGUUCAUUGGAUGUGUGUUCAUUCAUUUAUUCAUUCAUCUACUCAUUUAUUCACUCAGUGUUUAUUAAGCACCUAUUGUGUGUCUUGCACACUGUUGUACCCACUUCAGUGAGUUACUGGUUACCAGUGAUCCAUCAGAGUCCCCUGAAGACAUCCAUUUUUAUCAUUGAAUAUUACGUAGUCUGACUAUUUUGCCCCAUCAAUUUUGUUUAAUUUCUGAAGAUUUUAAUUCCUGCUUCAUAAAUUAUGUUUAGUUUGGGUUGUGUGUAACAAAAGAUUAUGUCACUGAACUUUUGUAGUCCAAGAUCCAUUUCUACUUGUCAGGUUGUCAUAUUCUAUAUCAAACACAAGUUUAAAACAGAAGCAUCUCCUUUGGUAUAUAUCCGUAAAUCAUUUUCUGACAUCUAUCCCUAAAUCAUUUUCUGACAUCUUCAUUCCUCCUUUUUAUAUCUUAUACUUUUUUUUUCCAAUGGGAUUUUAUUUACCCUAAAGUUAUCUAUGUCUAUUUCAUAUUAGUAGUUUUCUGUGUGUGUGUGUGUGUGAGGAAGAUUAGCCCUGAGCUAACAUCUGUCACCAAUCUUCCUGUUUUGUGUGGGAUACCACCACAGUGUGGCUUGACAAGUGGUGCUAGGUCUGCGCCUGGGAUCCAAACCUGAGAACCCUGGACCACCCGAAGCAAAACACUGUGAGCUUAAUCACUACGCCACCAGCUGGCCCCUAGUGAUUUUUUUUUUGAGUGGAUAUUUGUUUUUGGUAUGCUUAAUAUCUCCAUAUAUCCUCAUUUAAAAGCCUUUAUGAAGAUUUAACUAGUACAUUCUUUAAAGUGAAAUUUGUGUAGUAGAGUAUCAUUGUCCAAUUUAACUAUAUAUAAACUUUUAUUCCUUUAAGUUUGAUCUCAACUUCAGUGCACAAGAAAUAAGGUGGAAAGUUCUUUAAAAAUACAAAUGACUGGACAUUCACCCUCAGCAAUCUGAUUCACUUGUCUGGAGUAGAGUCUGUUUAUCUUUACUUUUAAACAGCUCCUCAGAGGAUUUUGAUGUACAUCCAUAAUUGGGAACCAUUGUUUGUUGAAAUCUGCAGAGUUAAGUUUUUACUCUGAAGAUACAGAAUUAUAAGCUUUUAGAGAGGGAAUAAAUCUGCAAAAUUAUUUGUACAACUCCAGAAAAGUUAAAGCACUCUUCUCAGGCCUGAUAGCCAGACCACUCUGGAAGGACUCUUUCCUUCCACAUGGAAUAACUAAGAACCUAGACCUCAUAUGGCAUUCAGUAUCAUAGUCCCUUUGGGCAACUUCUCUCACCUUGAUCCUUAACUUUUAUUCCAUCCUUCAUGAUAUGAAGGUCAGCAUCUUCUGGUAGAAGCCACCCUGAUCUGUAGAACACAUGACAUCGGGAAUACCCAUUCUUAGCACCCUUAGCCCACUGCACACUCCUCCUCUACUGUUAAGAUAUCUAUGUAUAUUAUACUUUCCAGGAGGGAAACGUAGUAUUACUACAAGCAUACAGAUCUAUAUAUUAAUGAAGAUAAAUAUUUCUCAUGUUUAAUAACGCAAUUUGAUAUGUACUAGAAUUUUAAGUAUUAUCAUCUAAUCUAACUUAAAAUUGUUCUGGCAAGGGCUGACCCCAUGGCUGAGUAGUUAAGUUCACGUGCUCCACUUUGGCGGCCCAGGG